CGCCCCGCCCCCUCGCGCGCGUUCUCUGUCCCAGUUGUUCUCCACAGUUAUGGCGGCCCCAGUCGCUCCGCUCGAUGAAGACUGGGAGGAUUUUAACGAAUUCAAAGCGGCCGAUUCGAGCACCAGCUGGACCGCGGAACCGGAGAAUUCCCCGCAGAUCCAAAGCUUCGCAUCAUUCGACGAGACGCUGAGCGCGAGCUUCCCUCACUCCAGCAGCGCGUUCACGAGCGUCUCUGUGCGCGCCGUGAGCGAGCACGAGCUGCUGCGCGACGACGAGAUAUGGAAUGCUCUGACGGAGAACUACGGCAACGUGAUGCCAGUGGACUGGAAAACCUCUCACACUCGUUCACUACACCUGCCCACACUAAACCUCCGACCUCAGGAGACGGUGGAGGUCCGUAAUCUUGACGUGUCUGAUGACGAGGAGCUCAGGGAUCAGAUGGACAUGCACACGAUCAUCAUCUCCUGUGUGAAUGAGGAGCCGCUGUUUACUGCAGAACAGGUGAUAGAGGAGAUUGAAGAGAUCAUGCAGGAGUCUCCAGAUGACGAAGAACAUGAGAGUCCAUCUCAGUUUGACCUCUCCAUGAUGUCGCAUGAGUUACACACACUCACACACUCUACAUCCAGCAGCAGCUGCGGGGAACGGUUGCGUGGUCUGUGUGUGUCGGAGCUGCUGGAGCGUCUCGAGGAGGUGGAGCGUCAGAUCCGGGGUUUCUCAGAGGAGCUCAUCGAUCAGCUGGCGGUCAGGGAGGAGCAGGACUAUGAGAAGGAGGUGAAGAACACGUUCAUCUCGGCUCUCAUUGACGUGCAGAACCGACAGAAAGAGCAUCGAGAGCUGCUGAAGAAGAAGAGGAAGAUAAAGCCCACAGGAGGAGUGCAGAGAUCCGACCGCUCGUAUGUGCCAGGAACCUAUUUGACGACGGUGAUCCCGUAUGACAGGAGCAGCGGAGCACCGUCUGUAGAAGACCUGCAGAUCCUGACCAAGAUUCUUCAUGCCAUGCGCGAGGACAGUGCCACAGUUCCUGCUCUUCUGACCGACUACAUCCUCAAAGCACUGGUGUGAGAGAUCAGGAGACAGAGUGUUGUGUCCCACAUAGAGUUUCCAGAGCGGAAAACCAGCCAAUCUCAUCGGUACAUUGGACAUCUGGUCAUCUGCAUCUCUCCAGAUGCUGUUCUUCUCUAAUAAUGCACAGAAUUUACCCCGCCAGUGGCAUUUAUUUCUCAGUCUGAAUGUGUAGAUGUUAUUGUGUGUGAGCUUGAGUGCAGUAUUUAGUUUAUUUCAUAUUUCAGUCAUGUUUCCUCUGUUGUAGUUGAUAUCUUUUCAUCACAGUGCAGCUGUCGUAACUCAUGCAUGUUUGCAUCAUAUUCAGAUGAGUUUGUUGUAUUGCAGAUCUAGAUCUCUUUUGAUCUUUCCAUUAGAUGGAAUGAGUUUUCAGGAAGUUUUGAGCUGCCUCUUAUGAUUUGAAAGCAAACUUUACAGCAAAGACAGGUGAACAUGUUUGUGUAGGUCAUUUAUGUAGCUGUCAAAUCAUAUCAGAAUGAACUGAUUGAGAGUUACUGAUAACAGAAUGAUAAUAUUUUAUUUCAUUGCCACAUACUAAAUGGUCUUUGUUGUGUUUGGCCAGCUUUAGGGUUUGUGCUUCUAACAUCUCUAUGACAGUAUUAAUAUUCAGAUGACGAGGAGCGAACGGCACGUGUAUUUGCUGCCAGUUGAAGUGAAAUCUGUGAUGAUGUGAGAUAUCAACAGUGGAGGAAGGACAAGGUACGAAGAGCUAAAACACUCAUAAAGAGAUAAACACG